GCAAUGAUGGAGCUCAUCCGGAUGUGCCCGCGGCACCGGCUCGGGCCUGCUGCAAUGCGUUCACGUUACAGCCUUGGGAAAUUACCUAUCCGUUGCAGGGCCAUCGCCCUAGAGUGGCACAGAGACGUCUUCCAAUGCAGGACUAUGCUGGGCAAGGUCUACGCUACGGUUUGUGGAAGCGCGCAAUGGCCCAGACCCGUGACGCGAGCAUCUGCACCUCGCCACGCAAAGUGUCUCUGUAGCCAUGGCAUAUUGACGUAAUCUACAUUCUGAGUGAAAGCUACGUGCUCUCUCUUCUGCAUUGGCUGCGUUGCGAUUUCAUACACUAGCCCAAAGCUUUCCUACACUUCAAUUCACCGUUUAUCGACACCAAUCUAGAACCACCGUCAGAUACCCACCAUGUUCGGUAGCAGUAAUUCAUUUGACCCGAAUAAAGACAUCCCAGACCUUACCGGCAAGACCUUCGUCGUGACGGGUGGCAGCGCAGGGAUAGGCUUCGGAAUUUGUGCCCAUCUGCUUCAGCAUGGUGGCGAGAUUUAUCUCCUUGGCAAAAAGGAAGAGCAUAUUCAAGAGGCUGAAGAAGGCCUGAAGAAGUACGGCGAUGUCUCAAAGGUGAAAUCCGUGCAGAUCGAACUGGAAGAUUUACGCCAGACCGAUGCAGUAGCUAAGAAGCUGGCAUCUGAGCUCACCCGCCUCGAUGCGCUCGUGCUGAACGCUGGACUCGGCGUAGGCGUCUACAACGAAACCAAGGACGGCAUCGACAGCCACAUGCAGGUCAAUGUUUUCUCACAGCACCAUCUGAUGAUGAUACUCUUGCCGCAUCUCUUGAAAACUCCGGACAGCCGAGUAGUGAUGCAGUCGUCGGAGUUCCACCGCCUCGGCACCAGUGACGUCCAAUUCAGGGAUCUAGCGGAAAUCAAUCAGGAUAUUGGUGCGUCGAAGUUGUAUGCACGCACCAAGCUGGCGCAAGUCUGCCUAACCAAGUCAAUGGUCCGUCACAAGAGUGAGGGCAAGCUCGGUCUCAGCCCCGGAAAGGCUCCACUCUUCUUCGCAGUGCAUCCCGGUGGUGUGUCUACAGAUCAACCAAAACAAGCCGAGGAAGCCUACGGCACCAUGGGCAAGAUCGGCGUCGCAGCCGUUCGGCCCUUCAUGAAAGAUCCGAUUGAUGAGGGAUGUCGACCUGCGCUGUUUGCUGCAACCAGCGAGGACGUCGUGAAGGAGAAGUUGGAUGGCGAGUACAUCGUGCCAGACCGCAAAGUAACUAGCGUUUCUGGCCAUGCGAAUGAUCCUGAACUGCACGAGAGAUGUCUCAAGUUGACAGAGACUGUGCUGGCGGAGAAGCUGGGGAAGCUACCGUACUCUACAAUUUACGCUUCAUCGUGACACGCGACUCGUGACUCGAGCGAAAAGUCAUUGCACCUAGGAGUGCGAUUGAUUGAGUUGUUUCGUUGCGGCAUUGUCGCACGCAGCAUAAUAUUAGCAGAUUGAGCUGCGAGUCAUUUGAACGCGCUGGAGCGUGUGACAAAAUGUUGUUGAGUUGUUCCAUGUCAUCCUAACCAAGCCAUUAUCCGCACGCGCCAGUGGCGACAGUUUGGACCGGUAUAAGGAAAGGGCGGUUAAGAGCUGGAGGGCCGCCUACAGAACUACAAGACAAUGAUCGUACAAAGCCGGCCUCCCACCACAACCC